GCAGAACAACUCCAUCAAAAUGCCACGGCCUGAUGCGUGUAAUUUUGGCUAUGGAUCUAGGCACUACGCCGACAUAGCACCGUUCAGCCUCCGGGACUGCGAAUCAAGCACUUUCCGGCUUCCUGCUGCCCACGAGAGCCAGUGGAUUUUCGAAACCUUUAGAGCCGUGUCAGUCAGUUUCUUCUGGCCGCGAAUUAUUAUCGAGACAGCCACACGACCAUCAUCAGUGCCCCUGACUGUCGCGUGUGUUGCUGCCAUUUUUAUUCCUGUUGGCUCUGAAUACACACCUCCCGUCACCAAUACGAAUUACAGCAAUCCUCGGAUGGCUGAUCCCAUACCGACAGACUUCCAUUGGCCGAAAUGGCAACGGCCCACUAAGGAGCAGUGCCGAGUGGUGUGGGAAAGUCUUGGCCAGAUAAUGAACACUGAGGCCGUAAACUUUAUUCCCCCGAUAUUAAUUAUCGAACUUCGACGCGAUGAAAGGGAGUACAGUAACAGAUCACUGCCAGGUAAAGUUGCUGGUCGCAUCGCAGUGUACCAUCGCAGUCCUCCGUCAUUCUGGGAAACAAUCCUACACACGAGAGAGCGAUUGAUCAAGCCUUCAGAUGCCCUUCAAGACACGUACUUCCAGACGCACGAACCAAAACGACUGCUCCGGUCUACAGAGGUCUCGGACAACGUCUGGUGUACCCUAGACGGGAUGGCUAGUGGGUUAGUAUAUCUGAGAACAGACGGUGUUAGGUUGCGAAGAGCGCAGCGUCUACCGGUUCCAGAAUUUCGGACUGAAAAUAUAUUUGAGUAUAUCGGAUCAGGAGCGACACAGACUGAGGAAGGGAUAUGUGGAGCACGAAUAAUUAUUGAAGAUGAUAAUUAUGAUCAAGGUGGCGGCGUUGUGGGGUUAUUUCAGCUGGGGGGGCAUGGCUCGCGAUGGGCGAUAUCUCCAUGUUUAGACGACUUGAUUGACUGGGGUUGGGACUUGGUUUGA